AUGAAGGCAGCAUGCAUGGCUUUUAGGGUGGAGGGUGGGAAACAGGUGAUUAAGGAGCAUAUUGCCACAAGAAAGUUCAUACCUGGUGAACCAAGCGCCCUUCUGGAACACACCCAGUCGAUGCAUGCUAAGGUGAAGUUUUUUCUGGAGAUGGAUUUUGCCUCCUACUUCCGCCUUGGCGAGCUCGACAUGGAGGUUCUUCGCCAGUUGUGCAGCGACCCUGAUGCUGAAGGAAAACAUCCUGAGGGUAGCACUUUUGGGGUCGGGCCUUCCUCCACUCAUCCUGGUAUGUAA